CUUGACGUUGCUGGUGCAAUAAAAUUACAAGAAAUGCCUAUACGAAUUGGCAAACUAAAAGAUUUGCGGAUAUUGUCUAAUUUCAUUGUGGACAAAAACAACGGUUUGACAAUCAAGGAGUUGAAGGACAUGUCACAUCUGCGAGGAGAACUUUGCAUUUCAAAAUUGGAAAAUGUGGUGAAUAUUCAAGAUGCAAGGGAUGCCGAUUUAAAAUCGAAGCGUAACCUUGAAAGCUUGAUAAUGCAGUGGAGUUCUGAGUUGGAUGGUUCAGGGAAUGAAAGGAAUCAAAUGGAUGUCCUUGACUCUCUACAACCAUGUUCGAAUCUGAACAAACUCUGCAUUCAGUUGUAUGGUGGUCCAGAAUUCCCACGUUGGAUAGGGGGUGCCUUGUUCUCUAAGAUGGUGGAUCUACGUCUCAUAGAUUGCAGAAAGUGCACGUCUUUACCAUGCUUGGGGCAGUUGCCAUCGCUCAAACAGUUGAGGAUCCAAGGAAUGGUUGGAGUAAAAAAAGUGGGUGCAGAGUUUUAUGGAGAGAUUCGUGUUUCUGCAGGUAAGUUUUUCCCAUCACUAGAGUCUCUACAUUUUAAUAGCAUGUCAGAAUGGGAGCACUGGGAGGAUUGGUCUUCCUCAACAGUGUCAUUAUUCCCUUGUCUCCAUGAGCUUACAAUUGAGGUUUGCCCCAAAUUGAUUAUGAAACUACCCACUUACCUACCUUCUCUUACAAAGCUCUCUGUACACUUCUGUCGAGAAUUGGAGUCUCCACUUUCAAGACUUCCACUGCUGAAGGAAUUACAAGUAACAGAAUGUAAUGAGGCGGUCUUGAGCAGUGGAAAUGACCUCACCUCACUCACCAAGUUAACAAUUUCUGGGAUUUCAGGGCUUAUCAAAUUGCAUGAAGGAAUUGUGCAAUUUUUGAAAGGGCUUCGGGUUUUGAAAGUAUCGGAAUGUGUAAAACUCGAAUAUUUGUGGGAGGAUGGUUUUGGAUCGGAAAACUCUCAUUCUCUUGAGAUUAGAGAUUGUGACCAACUUGUAUCCUUGGGAUGUAAUCUUCAGUCUUUGGAAAUAAGUGGAUGUGCUGAACUAGAGAGGCUUCCAAAUGGAUGGCAGAGUCUAACAUGCCUUGAAGAAUUGAGAAUCAGGGCUUGUCCAAAGCUAGCGUCAUUUCCAGAUGUAGGUUUCCCACCAAUGCUGAGAAAUCUUUUUCUUGAUAAUUGUAAAGGCCUAAAGAGCCUACCUGAUGGCAUGAUGUUGAAGAUGAGGAACGGUAGUACUGACAGCAACAACUUGUGUCUCCUUGAAAAGCUAGAGAUAGACAACUGUCCAUCUCUCAUUUGCUUUCCAAAAGGGCAAUUACCCACCACCCUUAAGAAACUAACCAUACAUGAUUGUCAAAAUCUAAAGUCUCUUCCAGAAGGAAUGAUGGGCAUGUGUGCCCUUGAAGACUUAUCUAUACGGGGGUGUCCGUUUCCAAAAGGGCAAUUACCCACCACCCUUAAGAGUCUAAGCAUAUCGAAUUGUGAAAGUCUCAAGUCUCUUCCAGAAGGAAUGAUGGACAUGUGUGCCCUUGAAGACUUAUGUAUAGAAGGGUGUCCGUGUCUUAUUGGAUUACUGAUAGGUGGGUUACCCGCCACUCUCAAGGAACUCAGAAUAUGGAGUUGUAAAAGCCUAGGGUCUCUAGCAGAGGGAAUAAUGCACCAACAUUCCACCAAUGCUGCUGCUCUCCAAGCCUUGGAAAUCUCAAGUCUUAAGUCUCUUCCAGAGGGAAUAAUGCACCAACAUUCCACCAAUGCAGCUGCUCUCCGAGUCUUGAGUAUCUAUGAAUGUCCAUUUCUCACAUCCUUCCCAAGAGGCAAGUUUCCAUCCACCCUUGAGCAACUUCACAUUAGGGAUUGUGAAAGCCUCGAGCCAAUUUCAAAGGAGAUGUUUCACUCUACUAAUAAUUCACUUCAAUCUUUAACCCUCAGGAGGUAUCCUAAUCUCAAAACCCUACCAGAUUGCCUCAACACCCUCACAGAUCUACGUAUUGUAGAUUUUGAAAAUCUGGAAUUGUUGCUUCCUCAGAUAAAAAACCUCACUCGUCUUACAUCGCUUUUCAUUCAAAAUUGUGAGAAUAUCAAGACCCCCCUGUCCCAAUGGGGCCUUUCCAGACUCACCUCUCUUAAAUACCUCCGGAUUAGUGGCAUGUUUCCAGAUGCAACUUCCUUUUCGGAUGACCCCCACUCGAUUCUUUUUCCUACAACUCUCACCUCCCUUACCCUUUCACAUUUCCGGAAUCUGGAAUCCCUAGCCUCCCUGUCUCUCCAAACCCUCACCUCUCUUGAACAGCUAGAAAUCCAAAGUUGCCCUAAGCUCCGGUCGAUUUUGUCAAGGGAAGGACUAUUGCCUGACACCCUUUCACGACUGUUUGUGAGGUGUUGCCCACAUCUAAAACAAAGGUACUCGAAAGAGGAAGGAUAUGAUUGGCCCAAGAUUGCCCACAUCCCCUGUGUGGAUAUACAUGAUCAGCUCAACAUCUGAGUAAUAAAUAAGUGUUCAUUGUAAGUAAUCAAGAUGAGCAUAGAAGAUUUCUUAUGAUAAACAAAGUUUCGAUUAUGACCAUGGAAGAAACAUGUAAGUAGCUUGCAGUGAUUAGGCGUCCAUGUAAAAUGUGCUCUAACCAAGUGGACUUCUUCAAAAGGAAGUGGAAUAUGAAGAAAUGAUAGAUUGUUAAGACUUUGCCUGUGGAGGAAGGGAGAUUCCUGGGUGCUCAACAUUUGAUGCUCAUUGCUCUGUUCAAGAAGAAUAAGAAACUCAGAGGUACAAGGUUCAUCUCCCCAUAAUUAUCUCGAAAUUUUUUUAUUAAUUCAUUUAUACAUUAAUCAAUUGAAGAGAUUUUGGAUCCUCUUCUGUUAAAUAUCUACUUGUGUAUGUGAUUUUUUAUUCCAGGAUUAGUUUCAACCAUGUCAAAAGCUGAAUAUGCUAAUAUUGUAAAGUUAUAUCAAUUCAUUUUUAAUGAUGGAAGUCAGUUAAAUCCUACAUUUUAUAAUCUGAGCAACAUAAAAUGGUUUCCAGAGGAGUUAUUAGUGAUUUUAUAUUUUUUGGCCGAUAGAAUGGAAUUUGGGUUUUAUGCUGAAGGCUUAAAACAUGCAGUGAAUGGAGUUAGUGCUUGAUGAUUGCAAUCCAAAUAAAUUAUAACAGGAAGCAACAACUUGUAUCUGUCUUAAUUCCUGGAAAUCUUGAGAUGUCCAAGUCUCAUAAGCUUUUCCACUAGAUAAAGUACAUACCAUAUUUAAGCAUCUACGUAUUCAUGAUUGUUCAAUUUUGUGGUCUAUAGCUAGCUGAAUGAUGUAUGAUGACAACAAUAGCCAUAGGAUUAAUUAUCCUCUUGAAUCACUAGAGAUCGAGGGAUUUCCACCUCUCACAUCCUUUCAGAGAUAUGAGUCACCCACUUCCUUUAAAGCAAAUUAAUAAUAUUUUGGUACAAGCAAAUGGGGCCAAUUAGGAACAAAAAUUACAGAGAAAAAGUCAUUUGAAGUCUUUUGUAGUUGGUUAAUUCUUUAAUGAUUGAUGCUUAUUUCGAUUUAAUCUUUCUUAGCUCAGCUGAUUUUCACUUAUUUACUAGAAUUAUUUUAUUACCUAACCAUCAAAUCCUUGUGGAAUUUUUAAUGAUGCAAAUUAGGUACUUGUGGUGAUGAUAUUCUUAAAAUUUUUGGCGUCAUUCCCUUUGUGCUAAAAUCAAUCAUGCUCAUUCACUAUAUAUAAAUCUUAUCUUCUUAGACAUUAACUUCAUAUUUUUGUUCUAGUAAAAGUUUUUUGUUUUAAUGAAAUUUUUUGUUGUACGUGUAGUAUGCCCAAAUAGGUUGCAUAUCCUAUUGGACAUCCUGUUGGAGCAGCAAUGUCAAAGAAGAUGUAUGUUAUACAAAUAUUUGAAGAGAAGUAUCUAAAUCUGGAAACUACUAGUGUGUCUACAACCUCAGAAUUCCUCCUUUAAGAAAAUGUGGAUCUCAAGUCCUACCUCAUCAAAUUUAGAGUCUCACAUCUCUUUAACAGCUUUGUGUUGUACAUUGUCCAGGUUCAGGUUUCCUUUGAGGAAACAAUUUCACGAAUACACUUGCAAGGGUAUUAAAACCCCUUAUCUUUGUGGAGCCUCCAAAGAUUCACCUCUCUAAAACUCAAUUCAUUCAUUUUAUAUUGUACAUUGUUAAAUGCAAUUUCCAUUUGACAGGAUUUCUUGCUACAACUCUCAUUGAUCUUUCAAUGAAAAUAUUGUCAAAUCUGGAAUCCUAGCCCUCUCCUUUGGUCUUCAAAACUUCAUUUCUUUAACUUGUAGAGAUUGAGGGAUGCCUUGUUCUAGUCCUCCUUGCCAAGUGAAAGGUUGUCUUCUAAGUUUUAUCAAACUUCGAAAUCAAAGAUGUUUCAAGGAGAAUGAUAGAGAUUGGCCCCAGAUUUCCUGCUUUCCCUAAAAUAAGUAUACAUCAUAAACUCAUUUUUGAACCAUAAUAAAUUGAAAUUGCAAAAAUGGGUGCAGAGCCAAUUCAACCCUAUCCUAUCCUUACAUUCAUUAAGCGGCUCAACAAUUUGUGGAAGUCUCCAUGGAGUUAUGUUGAAAGUUUGACUAGGAAGCAAGUUUUGAGUACAAUAGUUACAAACUUAUGGGUGAGUAUUUGUUUCUUAUCGAUCUCUCCCAUGGUCAAUGUAAGCAUCUUAAGUUCUACCUGUAAUGAAAUCUUCAUAAUUUUCUUUUAGGUGCUCUUUGAGCAGUCUUAGUUAGAGAUUUGACAUGCAAGCAUGGGAUGUAAAAUGACAAGGGAGGGUGUUAUUUGACAACAGUUACAAAUUGGCAUGGAUGCCUUCAUUUCAAUUAAGUAUAUUUUGUGAUACCCUUCUAACCGAAUUUAAAUACAAUUUUCUAAUUCAAUAUAUAAUGCACAAAGUUUACUUUAAUAAGUGCACUUUAUAUUAAAAUAUCAAUCUUCCGUAAUCAAGGAAAUGACAAAUUUUCCUUUUAGAAAGAAUGAUGAAAAUUUUCUUUACCGUAUAGUUAUUUAUGAUCUCAAGUCAUUCCUUCAAGGUUUUCAAAUUGUCAAAAGGAAGGAUUCAAUUUGCUAUAUGUUUAAUGCUCUUAUUCUGUUGACAAAAUGAGAUUUGGAUUUCACAUUAGAGACUACAAGUUUGGCCUAAAUGCAAGUAACACCUCUUUAUUUAUUUCACACAUGAUUAAAAAACUAAGUAGCAAGUGCAUAUGUCUAACUUCCAUUUAAUUAUUCUACAAUUUCUACUACACACCACGUUCUUAUGUCUCUUGGAAAGUUAAGAACCUUGUUUAAAAUAUGGUAUGCCUUCCAUGCUAAGAAGUCUUUUGCUCCGUGAUUGUGGUGGCUCGAAUAGCAACUUGCAUCUGUUUUGAUACAUGGGGAACCCAAGAGAACAUAUGGUAUUUAGUGCCUUUCAAAUUAGUGGAUUUCAUAUUAAUUUCUCAAUCAAUAUGCAAUGUGUUUUUCAUGGAACAUUGCUAAAAAAAUUUGUAAUUUUUUUUUUGUUUAUAAAUCAUUACUAAAUUUUGAUGGCAAAUAAUUGUCAGGAUUCAUUAGCAGGAAUUUUAUCCAACAUACAAGAUUUUAGGUGAGUGAUAUACACUGAAAUUUUUUCUAUUUUGUUUGGUUUGAAAUGCUCUUCAAUUUUAAACCAACAUAUUGUUAUUUGUUUGCAACAUGUUAUAUUUGUAGGAAAUUAUAUUAUCUAGAUUUAGACUGCAGAUUUGAUUAAUGUUUGAGGUGAAAGAGACUUUUUAGCAUGUCUUGCUGUCUUAAGUUGUGCAAGUUAGAGGCUCGAAGAGCACAAACUCUUAUGACUAGAAGAAAGACAAUUGAGUUCUCAUUCUAUGAUGUAAUGACGUGCCAAUUGGAUAUCUAGAAGUUAUGUGGUUUAAUGAAUUAGAAACUACCAAGUGGGUGCACAACUUCAAGCCUUUUCGAUAGCUAAUAAUUGAUGGUUGCAUGCCCAAGACACCUCUUUCCUAUGGAUAGGUUUUUCAUUCAAGAUUAAUGGUUUUCAAAAGCAUUUUCCCCAGUAUUAGUGGAGGAAGACAAUCUACCACAAAAACAACUAGCAUUUUUUAUUGAAUUGGUGUCUCAAGUCUUCCAAAGAUCUCAGAAUUGAGUUGGUGCUCAAGACAGUUUACUUCCGCAAGAUUGAAUUGGGGAUUCUUUCGAUGAUGGGUUGUCCAAAUUCACUUUCAGCAUAACUCCUAGUUCAUUCAGGUGUAGUGAUAUUGGUAGUUGGAUAUCUACAAUUCAUAUGGUGCAAUAUAUAUGAAACUACCAUGAGGAUGCACAAUCCCGAGUCUAUUAGAGAGAUGGUUGCAUAUGCACAGGACACAUCUCUUUUCCAGGGAUAGAUUUGUAUAUAUCUUUUGGAGUUGCUAUUGAUUGGAAUGAUUCAAAAGUAGCAACAAGCCUCUGGAAUUCUUUCAGAUUUCUAGAUGCUCCCUUUCCAUGUCUUUCCAAGAAGCCAACUUCCUGCAAUCCUAAUGAAGGUGGAGAUUCUAAGUUGCUCAAAUAUGGAGUUCAGACUAAAUGAAUAUUGUCAAAUGCAAAAGAAGAACAUCACGUCUUUUGAAUACCGGUGGUAGAGAAGGGGAUAAUGCACCACAACACGUUUCUUGUACAUCUUACAAUGAUGCUUUCUCACAAUGAUCAAAAGAACAUAGUCAAAACUAAGCAAUGAUAUGGUUUUGCCUCAAGGAGGAAGGAGAGGGAGAGGAAGCAACCCAAUGCAAAGAUGCAUCAAAUUGUUGUCUUGACAAGGGGAUGAAGAGAAGGAGAACACAAGAUGCUGCUUAUUGGUAACAUGAAGUCCUCAUGAAGACAAAUUGUUUGGCUUGACCAAGAGAGGAAGAAAAAGAAAAAAAAAAAAAAACCCAAGGUUCAUCAGAGGAUAUUGGUGUGACAAUUCACCCAUGUAAAUUUAAACAAGUAGCUCCAUUGAAAAAUGUUCACAUGACAUACCCAUCAGUGCUACACUUCUGUAAUUUCCUUAAACUGUCAUGCCACAAACUGUGUGGAUCAAUAUAUUGUACUACCAUAGUAUUCCACAAUUGCUGCAAACUUUGUGGAUCAAUACACACUGUCAUGCUGUCAUGCUGCAAACUUUGUGGAUCAAUACACAAUGCAAUUAUUAAAGAGACAAACAUUCAAAACCAUGACACUUUUUCCUGAUCUGCUAACCUAAUGAUUAAGAUUCAAUCUAAGUAAUAAAAUUAUUACAGCUGAAUAAAGCUUUUUACUA